AUGUCAGUGAUCUGUCUAUCGCGUUUCAAUGCAUUCCAAACACACUGGUUGGAGAUGCUGGUGGAGCAGACAAAAGAAAUCAAAGAUAAAGAAAUUCCAAUUAAAAAAGAAAUUGCAGAAGUACGGAAAAGUAAUAAAAAACUACUUCUGCCACUCCGUGAAGCAGAAACAACUGCAGCUGAUCGCAUUCGCCGAAUGAAUCAUUAUGAAAAAGAAAAGUUGUCAUUAAAGGGUUACAGAGAUAACUGCAGAAGUGCUGCAUCAUCAGUGGACAUACAAACAAAAGCUAAAGAGCUUCACUUUGCUAGCUUUCAGAAUGAAAUUCUUUUCUUGAGCUACUUUAGAAUUAUGCACUUGAGAGGUAUGAAAGAGCAAAAAGACAUCUUGAAAAUUUUCAGAGACAUCUACAGGUAUCAAAAUGAUGAUCAAAAUUUGAAAUUGGUUAAGAGCAUGUUCAGUAAGAAAGGUGGAGAAAAGACUCAACAGUAUUAUAAGGUACACAAGGGCAUUUUAUUCAGGCGACAUAACACUGAACCAGAUGGUUGGAGUUGGCUGGAAUAA